AUGGCUUCCAGCAUCAUUGUUGAGCUGAUUAAUUUGCCUAAUGGCGACAUAGUGCUUGAACAGGAAAACUAUAAUUCUGGCCUCGAAACCACUGUUGACCGAUUGUGGCUUGGCUUUUGCUGCGUCCAGAGCAAGUGGCUUGUACCUGGACUUUUUGCUGUUGGAAUACUAUGUAGGCAUGAUGCAGAAGCUAUGUGGGCUGCCGUGGGGUAUUUGGCGAAUACUAUGCUCGCUAUCAUGAUCAAACGAAUACUGACUCAAGAGAGACGUGCUGCCUCUGGUGUCUCAGUGCCGUCUUUGCAUGCGCAAUCUAUCUUCUACAUUGUUAUAUUUGCCAUUUCUUCAGUUGUGCAUUCUCUAGGGAUAAAUGUGAUAACGCUGACCAUGAGUGGAUUUGCCUUGGCAUUUAGCUCAUAUCUUUCAUGGAUACCAGUCUCACAUCGACUUCAUACUCUGAGCCAAGUGAUUGUGGGUGGUACCCUUGGGACCAUUUUCUCCAUUCUAUGGUACUGGUCAUGGAAUGUCGCUGUGCACGAACCAUAUGUAUUUCGACUUCUGGGUUCAAAUAGUUAG